UCAGGAAGUUGCAGCAGAAACAAUUAUGUGGCUAACGUUGUCGUUGUCUAAAUACUUAUUGUGAUGGAUUAACUCAAUUAUUUACUUUGUGGGCAAUGCAUGAACAUUCCCACAUUUAAACAUAUGGCUAAUAUGGCAAGGACCGGAGACAUUAUCCAUUUAAACGUUGGAGGAAAAAGGUUCAGCACCUCCAAACAGACAUUGACAUGGGUCCCAGACUCAUUUUUCUCAAGUCUUCUAAGUGGGAGGAUCUCAACCUUGAAGGAUGAAACUGGAGCGAUCUUCAUAGAUCGGGACCCAUCUCUCUUUACUCCCAUACUGAACUUCCUGCGCACCAAAGAGUUGUUUCCCAGGUCCAUAAAUGUGCACCUGCUAAUGCAUGAAGCUGAGUUCUAUGGAAUCACUCCGUUGGUGCGUAAGCUGCAGCUUUGUGACGAGCUGGACAGAUCCUCCUGUGGAAACGUGCUCUUCAAUGGCUAUCUCCCACCUCCAGUGUACCCGGCGAAGCGGCGGAACCGUCAUAGUGUGGCGGGGCAUCAGUAUAUGGGUGGGCGUGCCCUGCCCAUGGAGAGAGCUCCAGUGAGACGCAGCAACACUAUGCCACCCAACCUAGGCAACGCGGGCAUACUGGGUAAAGCAACGAUGGAGGAGAGGAUAAGUGGUGCUCAGCUUGCAGACCCAGGCAUGGUCCGCAUCAUCUGUGGCCACCACAACUGGAUCGCUGUGGCUUAUGCCCAGUUUGUUGUUUGCUACCGAGUGAAGGAGUCUACGGGCUGGCAGCAGGUGUUCACCAGUCCCCGCCUGGACUGGGUGAUUGACAGGGUGGCGCUCAACGCCAAGGUGAUGGGCGGCUCCCUGGGAGACAACGACAAGAUGGUGGCCGUGGCCUCGGGCACAGAGAUCAUCCUCUGGACUAUCUGUCCCGACGGCAACGGCAACGAGAUAGGUGUGUUCAGUCUGAAUGUCCCCGUGGAGGCUCUCUUCUUCGUGGCGAACCAGCUGAUUGCCACCAGCCACACAGGGAAAGUGGGAGUAUGGAAUGCGGUGACCAAACAUUGGCAGAAUCAAGACGUGGUUCCCAUUAAUAGUUAUGAUACUGCCGGCUCCUUCCUAAUUCUAGGCUGUAACAAUGGGUCCAUAUAUUAUAUAGAUGUUCAGAAGUUUCCAUUGAGGAUGAAGGACAAUGACCUCCUAGUGACAGAGUUGUACCGCGACCCCACGGAGGACGCCAUCACUGCUCUCAGCGUCUACCUCACGCCCAAAACAAGCGACAGCGGCAACUGGAUCGAGAUCGCCUACGGGACCAGCUCAGGCACGGUGCGGGUCAUAGUGCAGCACCCGGAGACCGUGGGCUCUGGGCCCCAGCUCUUCCAGACCUUCUCUGUCCACCGCAGCCCCGUCACCAAGAUCAUGCUCUCUGAGAAACACCUCAUAUCAGUGUGUGCAGACAACAACCACGUGCGGACCUGGACGGUGACUCGCUUCAGGGGAAUGAUCUCCACCCAGCCAGGCUCCACCCCCCUCACCUCCUUCAAGAUCCUCUCCCUGGAGGACAUCGACGGCCACGGGGGCUGUGCUGCCGGCACUGAGAUAGGUCCGUAUGGCGAGAGAGACGACCAGCAGGUAUUUAUCCAGAGGGUCGUCCCUGACACAGACAAACUCUACGUGCGCCUCUCGUCCAACGGGAAGAGGGUGUGUGAGGUGCGCUCUGUGGACGGCACCUCCAUCACCUCCUUCAUGGUGCACGAGUGCGAGGGGUCCAGCCGCAUCGGCUCACGUCCCCGCCGCUACCUCUUCAGUGGCCACGCCAACGGGAGCAUCCAGAUGUGGGACCUGACCACCGCCAUGGAGAUCGCAGGGAAAGUGGACAUCAGGGCGCUGGGCGGCCCUACAGAGGAGGAGCUCCUGGAGCUGUUAGACCAGUGUGACCUGGCUCUGACCCGUACGCCUGACAUGAGUCCCGCCGCCUCCUUCAUCCACUCCUCCACCCCCCGAGCCUCCACCUCCAGUUUGCAGUCCCAGCUGAGUGAGAGCUCCAAGGAGCGCGGGGCCAGAGGAGGUGUGAGCAGCUCGGGUCCCUUCUCUGGUAGCCUGCCCCGUCAGGCCCCUCCGGUGCCCCUCACCAAACCCCGGGAUAUGAAUCUCUCCAUGGUGGGGUUGGGCCUCCAGCCCCACCACCUGGGUCUGAGCCAGGCUUCCCUCAGCAGCAGCGGCAGCCCCCGGCCCGGCCGCACCGCCCUCCAGGACAGAGACCGGGACGGAGGCAUGGGGUCUCUGCGCAGGGGCAGCUUCGUGGAACGUUGUCAGGAGCUUGCCAAGGUCUCGGACUCUGCAGGAGGGGCUGAGGGGGGCACGCGGCGCAGCCUGGCCGUAUGCUCAGAGUUGGAGGCUAGACUGGGCCUACGGACCCCCGCCUCUUUCUCCAUCCCCCCUGCAGCCUCUCCCGCCUCAUCUUUAUCUUCAUCACUGCGCCGGCCACAUCCCACCUCACCCAGCCCUGCCCCUGCUACAAUCGUCAGUCCAACCCGCUCUCAGACCCCCGUGUCGCCUCGUCGAGCUGACACCUCCCCUACUACAGAAGCCCCGCCCCCUGAGGCUGCAGCAGCCACUCCAGAGAGCUCCUCCCCUGUUCCCCCCACCAGUCCUAAACCCCCUAUGAAUGAGACCAGCUUCUGACUGGCUCGGUGAUGUAUGAGUGAGUGGACUAACAAAGGACGCGUUUUGUGUUUGUGAGCGUGUGUGGUUUAGUGACGGCACAUAUUGUCAUAUUUAUGGACUUUUCCUUGUUUAGCAUCAAGGAUACAUAUCAAAUGGCAUUCCUCUGUUUUCAAAAGGGCCAGCUGUGAUGUAGGCAAGAUUCGUAUACAAUAUAUCCAAAUGGUCAAUGUAUUGGUGAUACAAAUUAUAACUCCAGCCAUGUAUGAAUGUGUUCUGUUGCAUUUGGUAGAGCAGUGCAUUUUAUUCAAUUACGAUGAACAAAAAUAUAAAUGCUACAUGUAACAAUUUCAAAGAUUUUACUGAGUUACAGUUCAUAUAUGAAAUCAGUAAUUUUAAAUAAAUUCAUUAGGCCCUAAUCUAUAGAUUUUACAUGACUGGGAAUACAGAUAUGCAUCUGUUGGUUACAGACACCUUUCUUUAAAGGUAGGGUUGUGGAUCAGAAACCCAGUCAGUAUCUGGAGUGACCAACAUUUUUCUUGUGCAGCACAACACAUCUUCGCAUAGUUGAUUGUGGCCUGUGGAAUGUUGUCCUUCUCCUCUUCAAUGGCUGUACGAAGUUGCUGCAUAUUGGCAGGAACUGGAACACGCUGUC